UGCCUGCUGUGCAGUGAGAGGUGGGAGCAGGGGCAGGCAGCUGCCUCCUCUUGCUCCUCCUCCAGCCCUGCCAAUACCUUACGACAUACACAAGCCAUGCCUGCAACUUUCGUUAAGGUGGGAGGCACUAGGAUGCAUUAUUUAAUAAGCAUAUCCAAGUACUUUAUAAUUACCAAUUAUCAGUCAAUUCCACAAUACUUAAAUACUUUUUUUUUUUUACUUUUUUCUUCUUUUUCCCAUCAUAUAGGUUAAGAAACAAAAGCCUGGAAGAGUGUAUGAGUUUUUCCUAUCUCUCACAGUGGAUUUCUUGCAUAACCAAGGGCAGAUCAUGCUGUCUGACCCAAUAGCACUGCUGCACACAAGAAAAUACCUGCACAUGGCCCCACGAGUCCUGCCUAGGUGGGCUUCCCCCUCCCUGAUGGUGCAGUAGCCCCUUAGAAAAGCACAUUCUGUGAAAAAAAAAAAAAAAAAAAAAAAAAAAAAAAAAAAACAUUAUUGCUAGGAAAAAGCAAUGCAAAGCUAAGAGAGAAAAAAAAAAAAAAGGGCUUGACCUCAUCUUGGCUCCACAGGUAGUUUGGGAAUUAUUUUGUGUGCCGGGCUGGGGGUAAGCAGCCUCCCAGCAUUACUAAAACAUUGUUUUGCGAGCGACACGCCGUCCUGACCCUCCAGUUCGCGGUGGAAAAGGGCACGGGGAGCACAGGCGGCAGCACAUGAGUCACUCCCCAGGCAUCUCUGAAUGCAGGAGAUCGGCCAGAUAGCGCCCGCUCCCACGGCAGGCAGGUGGAAACCCAUGGCCAAUGCUCCAGCCCCCAGUGCUUGCUGAGGCUCAGCAGCUUGCCAGUGGGAAAACCCUGCUCCCCGAGCACCACGAUGCUCAGAAUCCGGGGGGAGAGCUGCCAAGGCUUUGCUCACCAACCACCAGUAGUUUUCCAUCCUCAAAUUGCAUUGAUUUAUAGCAAGAAGCACCAACGUGAUACUCCUGCAGUAAAGCACCUUUUUUUUUUUUUUUUUUUUUCUCUACAGCAAGAAAACACUGCCUUGUCUUCAUGCACCUUGCUUCCUUCUGUCACCUGCUUUAGGAAAUAAUUUGUUUAUGGAGGAAGAUGCAGCCCCUCUGAGCCCUGCUGGGGCUAUGGGCUGUGAGCUUUCUGUUGCUGGUUGGUGAAUGGCAAGGCUCAGUGGUUUGCCUUGAGGUUCAGCAUAAGAAAUGACACAGAACAUUUAUUUUUCAAAGGAAUUUUCUCCCAUUUAGUACUCUAAUUUUUACUGGGUUUUAAUUUUGUCUUAGAAUUGUGCUCCUUGCUUUUGUAGUUUGGAUUUCAUGAGAACUUUGGAAAAGAAAUACAACCUUAUUAUUGUAUCUUCUAUAGCAGAAAUAUUAUUUCUUAUACAAAUCUUGAUAUAUUUCAUAGCCAAGGGACUAGCUCCUUACACUUGAACCUCAUAUGGAUCCCACAGGAUGGGAAACAUGGAAUGCAAAUGGGCCGAUCACACCGAAACAACCUGACUUUACACACUAAACAGACAAAAUGCAGCAGCAAGCUGCCCCACCGUGUGAUUCCCGAAACAGAUGACUCAAACGUUGUUUGUGCAGCAAAUCAUGUCACAGAAACCCUUUGGCAGAAGAACCACCUUGAAUUAAACAUGUGCUGUCUUAGCAUAUCUAUAACUGCUUGUGCUGGCAGCACGCAUUCUUUUCUAUUGCACGGUAUUUUUUGGGCCUGGUUUUCCAGCAUAAUAAGGAUUAUACAAUCACUCGGGCUGUUAUUUCUUACUCUAAUGACUUUUAAGCCUAUUGGGCAAGUUCUAUAAAACUCAGCAGAUUUCGGAGGCCUCGCUGUGUUACAGUCCUGCAGGUGGGUGGAAGGGGAAUGGAUGUCACUUUGAAAGAAGUCGCAGCCUCUUUGAAUUACAAGGUGAAUUAAAUAUAUAUAUACGUAUAUUCAAAAAGAAAUGGGCAGGAAACCAAGUGUCCAAAGUGUGUGUAAAAUCGCCUGUGUUAGGAUCAAAAAAUACAUAGUACAAAUAAAAACUUAAAUCUUUUCUGGUAAUGAAUGCACAUUAUUAAAAUAUAUACAUGUAUAUAUAUAUAUAUUCAAACAGAAGCAGGGAGGAAACCAGGUGUCCAAAGUGCAUGUAAAAUUGCGUUAGGAUCACAAAAUACAUAGUAGAAAUAAAUGCUUAAACCUUCUCUGGUAAUGACUCUCCCCUUUCCUUGCGCCGUGCUCAGAGGAAAACCGAGGCAGCCCACGUUUUGCUCCCUAACUGUCGGCCGCUCCCCUGCUGCAAUUAGGCAACAUUUCCUAGAGGGUGUAACGUUUACUGAAAGUAUUUGCCGUGGUGUAGAUUGCAACACGGCCGCCCUCCCACCCCACGCUGUUCUCUCUCGGUGUGACCAGGGAGAUUAAGCCCCGGGUUGGCCACCAGAGGUAAUCCAGGAAGGUGGAAGGUAAGGCGAGGACAGGAUCCUGCCCUGCGCUGCAGGAGCUGUUGGAGCUAAUCAGGGCAUUGUGCGCCAGCAGGAACAGACGGAGAAUGUUCCUGAAGGUCACCGUGACACCGGGGAGGAGUGCCAGGGUAUUCAUGCUACCUUGGCACGUCCACGUCGGAGGAUACUGGGCCAAUGCGGAGAGGGAUGGAAGCUGUGCCAAAUCCCACCUGCCAGCAGCUUUCCCCAUCCCUGCUUUAUUGGGGCAGAGGGGCUGUUACCACAUGAUGUAUUUCAAUAUAUAUUUAUUUAUUUUUGAAUUUUUUUUUUUUAAGCUGGAUUUUCACCCUUCCUCCCUGCGGUCUCGGCCAUGAGGAGCUGCUCCGUGGCCAGGGCUCCCCUUUCUUUGCAGAGCAGAUUUCAGCAGCUCAGGUGCUGCAGGCAGACACGGCCAAAGUUCUCCAUUCAGACCAGUAACCGAGCUGCUGUGUCUGCAAAUGAAAGUGUGAAAGCCUGGCAGUAAAUGCAGACCUUUCCAGGCUUUAUCUUCUGGUGUUAACCCUGGAGAUGACCCAACUCAUCCUGCACACCUAGCCAAGGUCACACAAAAAAAAAAGCUAUUUUUUGUUCCUAUAUCUGAAGGACGGAAAAAUCCGUAUUUAGAGAGGAAUUUAAGGCUGCUUAAGUAGGCCUUUCUAUCUUUAUAUUAUUGACCGAGGCUCUGUUAAGUGUCAAAACCCUCCAUUAUUGCUGGUUUGGUAGCACACAGCAGCUGCUAGAAAAAAAAUCAAGGUCCCAUUGUGUUAGCCACUUUUCACUGCAUUCAGACAAUUCACAGUUUAACAUUAAAAAAAAAAAAAAAAAAAAAAAAAAAGGUAAGGAAGGAGAGACUCCUGUAGAAACAGUAAUUUAUUAAAGUCAUAUAAUGGUUCAUUUAGUCAUAAAACUGGCAAUGGAUGCACUCCAUUUGGUAAGGAUUUUAUCUUGGGGAAGGACCCAAAACCAUGGAGUUGCUCCUUUCCCAUACUUGUCCCAGCACCCUCAGACUCGUUGAAUCACACACAGGAAUUUAUGAAGGUUGAGGUGAAGUGGGGAAUUCUCCUCUUGCCUUCCCUUUCUUUUCCUUAACAUCCAAUUAAUCCCUGAUUAUUGUAGGCUCAGCUCAGCAGUAGCUACAGCUCAGUGGCACAGUAAAACAAUAAAAGGGAAUCAAUAACCUAAUUCCAGGCGAAAUCUCAGUAUUUAUCAGUUAAUUCACAUUACGUAUUAUUGUAUUUAUUUUAUUUAUUUGGUACGUUUUAAUUUAUGUCUUUUGUGCCUCAGCUCGCUCUGCUCACAUCUGGAGAGGUCUGACGGGCAGGAUUCCCUCUGGCUGGGGCUGAACCCCUUGCCCAGUCCCACCAGCACCAGGUGCCACAGCAGGAUGAUGCCCGGAGCGUGCAGGUGGUGUAAAGGCACACGUCAGCACCGAACCCUGCUGCAGCUGCAGCUCUGUUGCACGGCUGCAUUUGGCAAUGCAGCACCCUCACCUUUGGCACACAGAGGGUUUGGCUGGCUCUGGAGGGCUGUCGCAUUCAGCAUUUUGCUUUUGGCCUCCGAGAUGCUCUUCAGGAGCUUGCAGAAGGAUUUGCCUCUAAAGGAGCAGGAGGAUUUAGAGCACGAAUUUUACCCCGUUAGCAACUCUUUCCUCCAGUACUGGAUCGACUCCAGUACCCUGUCCAACAAAGUGCUGAGCUCCACAAACUCUGCCAGGAAAGCCACAUUAUGGAUGAAACUGGGCGCCGAGAUGGCCUCCGUGCCCCCCAAGAGGCAGAAGAACACCAGCCCCGUGCUACAGGGAAGGAAGCAGCAACGGGCUCAGGCCUUAUCAGCUGGCAGAGCUAUUUCUACUGCCUCUGAGCUGGAGCUUGAUGAAGCCAAGCCUCACAAGAAUAGACAGUGUGGUAAGGCAUGCCCUCGAGAAAUACAGCCCGAAGUAGUGAUACAAGAGGAGCCAAAGGGACCAGGACCUUAUUUUUAUAUCAGUGGAUCCAAUGGAGCUGGACUUGUGAGCAUCUAUUGCCAGCGCAGAGGCUGGCAGCGUAUCUAUGACAACAGAAGACAGGAUUACGCGCUGAAAUGGUGUGAGAUCAAGUGCCGAGAGACCUAUUACCAUUUCAAAGAAGGUGAACAGCUUCUCUACCAGAUUCCUAACAACAGAGUCCUCACCAGUAAAAUAGGGCUUUUAUCCUGCCUGAGAGAGCAAGAGCGGGUGAUGAAAAAGGUCGGCAGGAGCUCUAAUUCCAAGUUACUGAAGAUGGAAGAAUUCUUCCCAGAAUCUUUUCGCCUGGACUUAAAAGAUGAGAGAAAUGCCUUUUCUGAGCUUUGCAAAGAAGAACAGAUUUGGAUCUGCAAGCCAAGCUGCUCUAACCAAGGCCGAGGAAUUUUCCUCCUCAAAAACCCCGCUGCUGCCAACACCCUUCAAGCCAAGCUCCACGGCUCCGAGGGAGACCUGCCCAGCAAGAGGGUGCAGUGCAGGGCUCCCCAGGCGAGAAUAGUGCAAAGGUACAUCCACCAGCCUCUGCUCCUGGAAGGGAAGAAGUUUGAUGUCCGGUCUUACCUGCUCAUUGCCUGCACAGCACCCUAUGUGUUGUUUUUUGCCCAGGGUUAUGUCCGCCUGACCUGCACCAAUUACGAUGCCAUGUCUGACGAUCUGACCGUUCAUCUCACCAACCAGUACAUGCAGAAGAAGAACUCCCUGUACAGCCAGCUGAAAGACGAGACGGUUUGGCGGAUGGAGCACUUCAACAGCUACAUUAAUGAGAAGUUCACGAAAACCAACAGCCUCCCCAAGGACUGGGUUUUCACCGUGUUUACUAAGAGGAUGCAGCAGAUCAUGUUGCAGUGCUUCCUGGCGGCCAAGCACAAACUGGAUCGCAAACUGGGCUACUUUGACCUCAUUGGCUGCGACUUUUUAAUCGAUGAAAACUUCAAGGUCUGGCUUCUGGAGAUGAACGCGAACCCUGCAUUACACACCGACUGCAAAGUCCUGAGGGACAUCAUCCCCGCUGUGGUCUACGAGAGUCUUGAUCUGGUUCUCGAGAUCUUCAACAAGUGCCUGAAAGGCCAGAGCGUGCUGCCUUUGGAGACACGCUGCCACUUCGUGCUGCUCUACAACGAGGAUGCCGCGGACCUCGGCCAGAAGCAACUCCUGAAGCUCAGACCUGGGCUGUGCAUGGGACGGUACCUGCGGCCACACACGGACAGUGCCAGCUACUUUGGGCACAGCCCCACCAAAGAGAUGGACCUUCUUCCAAAAAACUCAGUUGCUCGAAAAGAAAAGUCGCCUUGUUGCCUAAAAGGACUUGCCAACAAACCAUCUCCUAAGCUAACACGUGCAGCUCCUCGACCACCACGGAUAAACACACUGAGCUACCACAGAGCAAGAGGGUUUUGACAACUUCAAAUAUAGAAAGGAAAUAAAAGCUAAGUUUCUAUGUA